AUUUUCUAUAGAAUUAUAUUGGGUCAUCACGGAAGUUCGAAGAUAAUAAAUUAAAUGUUUACGAUAUAACUGUGUACAUAAUCUCUUAUCUACAUUUUCAAACGUGACUGCCGUAUAAACAUGGUCAUUCUCACGCUUGUUAUAAUUAAUUGCGAAAUUUGUAAUGAAAAUAUAUAUCGUAGAUCGCUACAAGUUAAAAAUUCUUUUUACUAUUUCUUAUUUGAAACGCAAAAAAUAUUCAUGAUCUGUCGCUAGCAAACUACUGUACGUAUGAAUCUACAUAAUAAGAACAAGAAGUAUAGUGAAAAUAAUUCUGCAUUUUUUGGAGGUUUUGUUUUUCUUUUAAAGUAUUUACGUCUUUAGUUUUUUAUCAUUGCAAAAAUUAAUUUGAUGGCUUUUCCUACAUUGGGGGCACAGCAAGUUUUUGUUUCCUUGAAAGCAGAAACUAAUCGUAAAAUACUGGAAGAUUUGCAAUUAAAACGUCAACUCUUACAAAAGGGUGUGCCAGUAGCUGAUAUAAGUAGUCUUAGCGGUGGUUUAACAGCAGCUAUCAACCAGAUGCCCCCAACACAGUUGUUAGAUCAACCCAACGAGUUUGCGCAAAGUAGUGGUGCUAUAACGGUGCCACGUUCAGUAUUUAAUCCCACCAGUGCCACUACAUUAGGUUAUUUUAUACCUCAGGAUUCACAUUACGGUAACUCCUUCAUACCCGUAUUACCGCGCUUGGACCCUUCGCCGGCUAAUCACACAGUCAAAUAAACAGAAUCAUACGAAGGUCAACGAUUUUAUCAAUUGCACUUCGCUUUCGAUUUAAACCUUUUCUAAUGGCUCGUUUAAAAA